AAACACACGUACACAUCUGCACAAACGCACGGUCCUCCUCUCUAGCUAACCCGGAUGUCAGGAGAUAUUCAGCGCUGUGUCGCCGUGGCACCAGGGGUCUGGAUCUCGGUGUGGUGACUGCUGCUUGCAAAGCCAUCAGGAUGAUGCGAGCAGGAGGACUUUUGAAACUGGCAUUGCUGGUUUCUAUCUUGUUUCUAGCUGUGUUCCUGGCAUUUGAGCUUUUGGAGAGCAAAGUGAAUUUUAAUUUGGGCAAAGUACUUGCACGAUAUGCACCUGCAGAGACUGUCCCCACCAGGCCUCCGCACCACAAAUGUGGCCUUUCUAAAUCAUGUCCGGAGGAUCAUUUUGUCUUCAAGAUCACCAGCGGAGCAGCCAGCGUUGUCGGCCCGAAAAUGUGUUUUCAGGACAAUGUACUAAUGAGUGGAGUAAAGAACAAUGUUGGACGGGGUAUAAACAUUGCUUUGAUCAAUGGGAAGACCGGCGAGCUCAUCAGGACACAAUGGUUUGACAUGUGGUCUGGAGAUGUCAACCUGCUUAUCAAAUUCUUGAAGGAAAUAGAAGAUGGGAGUAUUGUCAUGAUGGCCACUUUUGAUGACCCUGCAACAAAGCUAAACGACGAGGCCAGAAAUAUGAUAGCCGAAUUGGGCAGCUCAAGCAUCGGCAUACUGGGAUUCAGAGACAAUUGGGUGUUUGUAGGGGGCAAAGGGAUCAAGACAAAGAGCCCCUUUGAGCAGCAUAUCAAGAACAAUGCAGAGACCAACAAGUAUGAAGGCUGGCCUGAGGUUUUGGAGAUGGAAGGAUGCAUUCCCAUAAAACAUCAGUAGAAGGAAUUUCUAAUUAUUUAGCAUUUUCAUGUUCAGCUUGGAGAUGGUUGAAGAAUUUAAAAUUUAACAUAUGCAAUGUUGUAUUGUUCAAUUAGCACCGACAAUGAUGCAAUUAAGAAUACAACAGACUUUAAAUUUGAUGUUAAACUUACUGUAUUUUAAAUCUUACCAUUAGUGCUCCCGAGCAUUUGCUGCUCUAUGUUUGUACUUCUUUUAAAGGAUUCCCAGUACUUUUGACUAGUAAGUUUUCAUUACUUUUCUUCCAGUUGUCCAUGAACACUAAACUGAUUGCACUCAUAAAAAGAAAUGUAUGUAGCCAGGUCAAUAUUUUGCAGCUUAAAAUCACUAUAAAAAUGUAUGUUCACCAUAGAAAUACCCACAACGUCAAUCGUUGUGAAUUUCCCAGCCCUGGAAAUCACAUUCUUAACAAUUCAUGGCUGUUGGAAAUCUGAUUUGUAGGAUUUUUUAUUAACUGGUCCAUAAACCGCAAGUUGUUAUCCAUUUGUGAGGCUCCAGUGUUGUAAGGAAAAGACAGAUGUUGAAUCAGGAGAUUUACUGCAUGUUUUCUUGGGUACAGCCUUUUAUUUUAUUUUUUUUUUCUUCCAGAAGAUGUGGGGAGAGGGUUUCAUAUUUAUCACUGCACUAAGACACUCUAAAUGUUGAUCAAACUGGAUUGAAGUUAAAUGGCUAAGGGCCUCUGUCACCAAAAAUGUAUUUAUUUCUUUAUGGUUCAAAUAUUUAUUUUUUUCUGCUGGCAAAUUAGACUGCUGGACUUUAUUCCUGAAGAUAGAUAAUGAAGAGUCUUUUUUUUUUUUUAUCCUUGAAUUUAAAAACUGCCCAUAUUUUCUGCUGUGCAAUUGGUUAUUGAUUAGUGUUGGGUUUUGACCUUCUACUGUCUCCUGUUUUUUGCCAUUUAAUCCUUAGCCUUUGGGAAUGUUGUUACAUAUAGCGACUUCAGAAGAUUUCCAUCCAUUAUUGGGUUGAUAGUCUGAUUACAUGCCAUUAGUGUUCAUAGCAAACAAUGAAUAUUUAACAGCUACUGAUUUUAUUCCUAACUGUGCCUUCUGCAGUGUCAAAAGUAUGCGCUUUCCUACCAGGUAGUAAAAUGUCCCAUAAUUAUUAAGGAAUUAUAAUGCAAAGUCAAUGAUUUUAUAAUUCCCUGCACGAUUUUAACUGUUAAGUUGUGGAUUAAAACCCAUUUAUUUUGUAAGAAGA